GUAUAUGUUAUCUUGUUCCCAUACUCAAAUGGCAGAAGAAGAACUUCCUGAGUGGAGGAGAAGGUAUGGAAACGAAGCCGUUGACGAGCUUUUCGUUAAUGAGCCUCAGGAACAUCUUAGACUCAUGCCAAAUGAAGAUUCCAUCACCAACAAGUUAUUAGUCUCAUCAACGCUUUACUCUGGUCCAAGAAUCCAAGAUAUCGCAAACGCUUUGGCCGUGGUCGAACCCCUAACGCACCCAUCCCGACAAAUCUCAGGAUCAACGAACCCAAUAUUGGAAAGGGGUACUUCAAGCAAGGCGGAUAGGUUCACAUUAAAAGUGAAGAGCAGUUGUAAUGGGAUGAAUGAUGAUGGAUACAAAUGGAGAAAAUAUGGUCAAAAAUCCAUCAAAAAUAGCCCUAACCCAAGGAGUUAUUACAAGUGCACAAAUCCAAUUUGCAAUGCAAAGAAGCAAGUUGAGCGAUCAAUUGAUGAGCCUAACACAUAUAUCAUCACCUACGAAGGUUUCCACUUGCACUUCACGUACCCUUUCUUCAUACCCAAGAGAACGCAUAGACCCAAUAAAAAGCCCAAAAUACUUAAACACGAUGCUCAAUGUAAACCACAUUUCGAAAACAAGCAAAAAUCUCAAACACAAGAAGAAAGCAAACAAACCCAACUAGUCGAACCCACCCACCAAAAUCAUUCGGCUCAUGACGCCCAAGAAAACACACCGGCAAACCUCGGAGAUGAAUUGUUUUUCUCAGUUGACCAGUGCCGGCGGCGACAAGGGCUUCUAGAAGAUGUGGUGGCUCCGGCAAUGACAAAUGUUACGACGAGGGAAGGUGUUUUGGCAGCUUCUUGGUCUUCAUUAUCGUCUUAUACUUCUUCAUCAAGCUCCUCUUCUCUGACUAGUUCACCACCCCUUUCUCCAUCUUCUUUAUGUUGGUCUCCCAAUUUUAACGUUGGAUUUAGUGAUGAAAUACUUGAAUCAUUCGGCUUGUAUUAAAGAAACGUUUUUGUAUGUUUUAUAAAUAUCAA